GAGCUUAAAUAUCAGCUACAAUCCAAUUUCUACCUUGCCGGAUUGCAUCAGAAGCCUUUCUAAUCUCGAAGAGCUUAAUCUUGAUUCAUGUACACUUCUUAGAUCAAUUAGAGGUCUACCACGAGUAAGAGAUCUACUGAGCACAGACCAUUGUGUAUCGUUGGAAAGAAUAACAUUUCAGUCACCUUCGUGCAUGCCAAAGAGAGUAUCCAUAUACGGUGACUCAAAACUAGUAGAGAUUCAGCACUGGUACAAGUUAGAACCCAUUGAAACAGUUGAUGUAAAAAUGAUCGAGCUUUUGGGUUUGUCCCACUUGGAAUCCAUGGAACCCAUUUUAAUGCACACCCCAGAUGCAAACUCCCCAUCAGAAGUGGAAUCCAUGAAACCCAUACGCAUCCAGGGACUGCAUGAAUAUGGUAUCUUCAGCACAUUCUUUCCGGGAAAUGGAAAUAAGGUUCCAGGACAGUUCAGCCAUACAAGUAAAGGGUGUUCCUCAAUAUCUUUUCCUGUGCCUAUACUUCUUAAUAGCAAGAUCCGAGGCUUCAACAUAUUUUCUGUGUUUGCAUGGACGACAUAUGUUACUACUCCAUUGCCACCACUAAUCAUUAAAGUCAACAAUACGAGCACGGGUCUGAAGUGGAUCUAUGUGCCGUCAUGUUACGGCAUUCCAACUGCUGGAAACGACAUGAUAUGGUUAAGCCAUUGGAAUUUGGGGAAUCAAUUCGAAGGUGGUGAUGUAGUCACUGUCUCAGUAUUUACUCCGAAUAACUGGCUUCAGGUAAAAGAGUUUGGUGUCGAAGUGGUAACUGAGGAAGGGAUGAGGAUGAGUAAGCAAGAGCACAGCAGCAGUAGUAGAGAACCUGCUUAUGAGGAUCCCGAUGCUUGUGGUGUUAAUGAGGUGAUUGGUAACAGUGGUGGAGAGUUGUCAGAGUUAUAUGAGGUCAGGCCAGGAACAUACUUCCUCUGCGGUGGACCCUUCUUACAAAAUAAUAGGCACACUUAUAACAGAUGGAAAAAGGAUCGUUGCCUCAAUGGCAUCAUAGGAGAGUUUGAUGAAGAAACAGAGAAAGAAAGGAAAAGGGGGGAUGGGACACUAGCAUCAACAGAAGAAUCAGCUGAAGCAGAAAGAGUCGUCAACAAAUUCUUCGGUUGCAAGGUGCUUGCUAUCCAUGUGCUUAUGUCAUUAGUUGAGAUUUGUCAAAAUAUCUGCUGAUAGUAAGAACUACCUCUGCGUUAACUGUCAUCAUUGGAGACUGGUAGGUCUUCUCAGCAUCACAAGUUUGUCAAUAUUCUAUGAAAUUUUUGGAAAAGGGCAGCCAUAGCUUUUGUUGCCAAACGUGCAAGGUGUAUUUGUGUACUCGCUCGCAUGUUUGGUCACUGUCUUCUAUUUUUAUCCUCUGGUCACUCCCUUUUCUAUCUCCAAGUGAAGAUAUGGCAGGCCUCGAAGGCCUGCGUGAAUUUUUUCUAUCAUAGAAACUGUUAUUCAGCAUGGUCAUUAUGGAAGACAAGGCGAAUAUGCUGGGAGGCCAAUAUGCUGGUAUGUAGGAAAACAUCAUUGCAGGACAAGCUAUACCAUUGCACAUUACAGCAGAAUGCAUAUAUAUACUCUGUGCUGCAGGCAGCUACAUUGGACCCUGUAUAAUGGAGCGUUGAAAGUACUCGCAGAGCUUCCGGGCAGUGUUGCUG